AUGGAGACCCGGUCCAGAAGGGACUUCCUAGAGGAUCUAAGACGAAGGUUGGGGUUUGAAUUUUUGUUUACUGUUGACCCGAGGGGACUUUCUGGAGGGCUUGCCCUUUUCUGGAAGAAAGAGGUGCAUAUUCAGGUCUUACAAUCUAACCCCAACUUCAUCCACACUGCUAUUCACUCUAUGAUCAACACUUUGGGUUGGGAUUGCACUUUUGUCUAUGGUGACCCCUCUCCUCAACGAAGGAGAUCACUCUGGCCUCGAAUUGCUAACUUGAGAUACAGGAUUGAUAUACCUUGGUGCCUAAUUGGGGAUUUUAAUGAGAUUCUACAUGCCCAUGAAAAGGAUGGUCUAAGACCCCAAACCCACUCAAUUUUGCAGAGAUUCCAAGAAUUCGUGCACCACUCUGGCCUUAUGGACUUGGAUCUAAAGGGUAACAAAUUCACUUGGCAUAGUAACCAAAGGGAUGGCUUCAUAACAAGAGAAAAAAUUGAUAGAGUUCUAACCAAUUGGCACUGGAGAUCAAUCUUUCCUAAUGCUUCUGCCAUGGCCUACCCUCAGAUUAGUUCUGAUCAUUCCCCUGUGUUGCUGGAUCCCUCUCCUCCCACAUGGAGCAUUACUCCUUUCAAGUUUGAAGUUUUUUGGGAGGAGCAUGAACAGUGUCAAGAGAUGGUGAAUCAGGGCUGGAGUAAUCCAAUGACUAAUGAUAAUUGCUGGCAAGACCUAUCCAACAGAAUUCGGAAUUCUAAACGAACUCUCUGGACUUGGCAGAAGAAGGUUUUUAAAGUAGCGGAUAAGGAAAUCAUAAGGCUAAAGCAACACCUGCAACAGGUUCAAGAAAAACCUCACCAUCUUGUGGAUUGGAGUGAAGUAUCUAACCUCAAAGUGGAGAUUGACAGACUUUGGAGACAAGAGGAGUUAUUCUGGGGUCAAAGGUCACGCAUUAAUUGGGCAAGAUUGCUGUUGGAGGUUUCUGAUGCUGAAAUUGCUGAAGCAGUUAAUGAGCUUGGUGGGCUUAAGGCCCCAGGCCCAGAUGGCUUGAAUGGCCUUUUCUUUAAAAAUCACUGGGAAACAGUUAAAGGUUCGGUGUGUGCAGCGGUUAGGGACUUCUUCCUCACGGGUAACCUGUCGUCAGAAAUAAAUGAAACUAUUGUGGCCCUCAUUCCCAAGGUUGAUUCCCCAGAAAAUGUUGCACAGUUUAGGCCUAUAAGCUGUUGCAAUUAUAUCUUGAAGGUCUUGUCCCGGAUUAUGGUAACUAGACUCAAAGAGGAUCUCUCCUCCAUUAUCUCUCCUAAUCAGAGUGCUUUUGUUGCGGGAAGAGUAAUUCAAGAUAACAUAGCUGUUGCUCAAGAGGCCUUUCACUUAAUCCAGAAAGCAGGUGCCAACUCUAAUGGCUUCAUGGCUAUCAAAGUCGAUAUGAGCAAGGCCUAUGAUAGAUUGGAGUGGAGUUUUCUGGAGAGGGCACUGAAGUCCUAUGGUUUUCAUCCUAUGUGGAUAGCUAGGGUGAUGACGCUAGUGAGAGGAGCUACCUACAAGCUGAAAGUUAAUGGCUUCCUGAGUUCCUCUAUUGUUCCGGAAAAAGGUUUAAGACAAGGGGAUCCUCUCCCCCUACCUCUUUGUGCUUGCCACUAA